UGUCUGUCAGAAGUCUUCUGCCACCUUAAAAUCCCAAAUGAAGAUUCCAAAAAGACGGAAAAGACUAACGUGCCGUCUCUGCGCCAGAUAAAUGGCUCAUUUAAGUUGGGAGCUGCCCGCGUUCUGUCGGGCUGGCAGAUUCAGUGCCUAGUGCCAGGCCUCCAGGACCACGCCAACAUGAAUGGGGCUGGGGAGACGGCAGACAUACUGCCGCCUAACUGCAUGGUCAAGGACCGAUGGAAAGUGCUGAAGAAAAUUGGAGGGGGAGGUUUUGGGGAGAUCUACGAAGCUCUGGACCUGUUGACUCGGGAGAACGUGGCAUUGAAGGUGGAGUCGGCCCAGCAGCCCAAACAGGUCCUGAAGAUGGAGGUGGCAGUCCUGAAGAAACUGCAGGGUAAAAACCAUGUUUGCAAGUUUAUUGGCUGCGGGAGAAAUGACAAAUUCAACUACGUGGUCAUGCAACUUCAGGGACGCAAUUUGGCAGACUUGCGGAGGAGCCAGCCUCGGGGGACUUUCACCAUGAGCACCACACUCCGCCUGGGGAAACAGAUCCUGGAGUCUAUAGAGGCCAUCCACUCUGUUGGCUUCUUGCAUAGAGAUAUCAAACCGUCAAACUUCGCCAUGGGAAGGCUGCCUUCAACCUUAAGGAAGUGUUACAUGUUAGACUUCGGCCUCGCGCGGCAGUACACCAAUACCACUGGAGAAGUCCGCCCUCCGAGAACUGUUGCAGGUUUUCGAGGAACUGUCCGAUACGCCUCAGUCAACGCACAUAAAAACAAAGAAAUGGGCCGCCAUGAUGACCUAUGGUCUUUAUUUUACAUGUUGGUGGAAUUUGCAGUUGGACAGCUACCAUGGCGGAAAAUCAAGGACAAGGAGCAAGUUGGGCAGAUUAAAGAGCGAUAUGACCAUAGGAUGUUGCUGAAACACAUGCCGUCAGAGUUUCAUAUCUUCCUCGACCAUGUAUUGGGCCUGGACUACUACACCAAGCCGGAUUAUCAGCUGCUGAUGUCGGUGUUUGACAACAGCAUGAAGGAGCGCAUCAUCACGGAAAAUGAGCCGUUUGAUUGGGAGAAAGGAGGGACAGACCCCACACAGUCAACAAGCGCCUCCACCCAACCACAGCACAACACACGGCCCACCGUCGCCAUGGUGGGAGCCCUAAACACCCCGGUGCCCGGAGACCUCCAGAGAGAGAACACGGAGAACGUGCUCCAGGACGAGCACCUCAGCGACCAGGAGAACGCCCCUCCGGCCCUGCCUCCCAGUGGGAGCCGCCAAGGGGGCGAGGGCGGUGGCCAGACGCCCGCAAAGGGCGAGGGAUGGGAGGACACCGACUUCAACCGCAACAAACUCAGGAUCAGCCUGGGCAAGGGGGCCCAGGAGGGGGAUGAACCCAGCAGAGGGGCCUGUCCCAUGUCGCCGUGCCGGGCAGGAGGGGCCCCAGAGUCCCCCAGUGGCCAGGUGCGCUCCCUCCGGUACCGCCGCAUCAACAGCCCAGAGUCAGACCGCAUGUCGGCUGCUGAUGGGAGGGCCGUCGACGGCUAUGGCCAAAGUAUCAGGUCCCGCAUGGACAUCCUGGGCUCGCCCUCGCGCCACAUGUACUCGUCCCAACCAGCCAUGAUGCUGUCUGUGGACGACGGCCUGCAGCGCGGGCGGCACGGCGAGGGCUCGGUGGCGUCCGUGGACCAGGAAGCCCACAGCAAUGCCUUUAUCAGAUCGGUGCCGCUAGCCGAGGAGGAAGACUUUGAUAGCAAGGAGUGGGUGAUCAUUGACAAGGAGACGGAGCUGAGGGACUUCCAGCCCACCACGUCGGGCACCACCGAUGAGGAGCCUGAGGAGCUGAGGCCCCUGGAGGAGGGAGAGGAGAGGAGGAAGCUGCGGGGAGGAGGGGCGGAGAUGGUGGUGCGGCCCAAGACGACCCACACAACCAACAGCAGCCGGGGCAUGCUCACGCUCACCGAGGAGGAAGCCUCCAGACGAAGUGGGGGAAGCCCCGCCAUGUCGCCCUGUCAUUCACUCCCGUCAGGCCGUCCUAUCGGACCCCAAAGACCGAUGAUCAUGUCUCUGACUGAGCACAAUGGCCUAUAUCAGCCCUGUCCAGACGUCAGGACCAAGGGCCAGAUGGAUGAGAAGGAGUAUUUCCACAUCCUUCCCCAGCUCCAGGUCAAGAGGGCCGACUUCCUCACUGUCAUGCUGACCGGCACCCUUCCUCAGCGGCGAACCUUCCCAGCAGCUCUGUCGGCAGAGAACGAGGUCCAGGAGCCCCAGAGCCCGCGGGACGAUGAUGUGUCCAAGAGUGAGUCGAACAGCGAGGCCAGCCAAAAAAGUACAGAGCGGAGCCAGGAUGGGGCCCCUGACACCCUCAUGGCCGGCCCCCGGGAACCCGCCUCAGCCGCAGAUGCUGACCCUGACUUUGAGGACGGCUCCAAGACCCUGGUUCUGUUCUCGCCGGGGGAUACCCAGAAGUCUCCAUCCACUGGGGGAGAACACGUCCUGCUCGAGGUUGACUUCGGGACACCGUCUGCCUCUACCCCUAGGAACGAUAUGCCUCUGGUGGGUGCGGGCAGCCAGCCAGAGCUCUCCUUCACACUGAGGUCGGACUUGAAGCCAUCCACCCCUAUCGCCCCCGCAUCUCCCCCCUUCACCAAAGUUGAGCUCACCUUUGUCCACAUCUCCGAGACUUCCCACUUUAACAUCAUGUCUUCCAGAGGUCAAACCGCAAAGGAGAGCAGCGACCACUGCGACAUCUCAGUCGUUACCCAGGAGGCCUCACCAUGGGAAGGAGACACCCGUGAACAGACCAGACAUGUCGAAAAGGGUGAGGAAUCCCAGAGUCCUUCCAGAGAGCCCCAAGCCCAUUCUAUCCCAGACGUGACCCUGGAGAAUGGUGUCACGCGCACCAAACCGGACGACCGCCCACCGCUGGUCUUCGUCAAGUCGUUGGAGCCUGUCCCGGAAGCCAUGUCGCCCAUUCUGGAACACAAAACUCUCUCUGUAGAUUCCAACAAGGGGCCAUUGUCUACCGAAGGUAUUGCCAACACUGAACUACCACAUACCACCCUCAGGCGGAGGAUAAAAAGCCACAUCCCGGUUCUACUGUCUGAAGAGGGCACAGGCUCGGAGCGUUCAGCCUCGCUCUCUGCCCGGGCACAACUACAGAAGAGAGCCCGGAAACUGGACCUGGCACGCCUGGUGGUGCAGAAGCAGCAGGGCCGCUGCAUGAGGCUGCCCUCGGGGACAUCCUCCUCGCUGUCCUCCGGCGACGGGAGGGCCUCCGAGACGCUCUCCACUACCGGCUCGGAGGAAGACACCCAUGUCUCGGACGAGUCUCUGGCCAGGAGGAGGUCCUGUCUGAAGGCCAGGGCAGGGGCUGGAGGGGACCAGGGCCAGACGGACUGGCACAGCAGGAUUCCCAGGCCUGUCACCCCCAUCAAGAGGCCCUCAGGGUGGCUGCUGGCCGCCGUGUCCUCUCCUCUCGCUCUGCCAGGAUCGGGCAUUUGUAGAGAUGCAUCCACCUUUGGUAAUGGGCUCCAAGUUCAGAAAAUAGGACUAAGCACUCUCCCAACCCAGAGGCGGUCUAAACCUCUGCAGACCGGCUCCUCUUCGUCCUCCUGUCCAAGGCCCUGUCCUGUCCCCGCCCAGCCCUGCGGCAGCCCCCGAAUGCCCAUGCGCUGCGUUUUCGUGACCCAACGCAGCUUAAGCACCUCCCACUGCAGGUCAGACAGCCCCUCCCCCCAGCGUCUCCAUUCAACUAGACAGUCCCUCUCUGUCCGGCCCACAACUGCCCCUCCCCUCCAGCCCAGGGCUAAUACUACUACUACUACUACCAGCAUAAAACGGGCCAACUCACAGGACACCUUUACCCAGGUGUCCACCGCUAUGCCUGCCAGAAUCCGAGCCAAAUCCACGGGCCCUGCCAAAGCGAAACAAAGCACAGGUGACAAGAUGGCUGCCACGAGAUAGUAAACAGAUUCACUGGGAAGAAACGCAUAUGCUUCUCUGUUGUCCUUAGAAAGACUCAAUGCUUCAAAAAGCUCCAGCCCGGACCCAAAUUAAGACUGACGCGGUUUCCCAUCUUUUUUUACCUACUUUGAUCCAAACCAUGUAUAGUGGGGCAAAAAAGUAUUUAGUCAGCCACCAAUUGUGCAAGUUCUCCCACUUAAAAAGAUGAGAGGCCUGUAAUUUUCAUCAUAGGUACACUUCAACUAUGACAGACAAAAUGAGGGGGAAAAAAUCCAGAAAAUCACAUUGUAGGAUUUUUUAUGAAUUUAUUUGCAAAUUAUGGUGGAAAAUAAGUAUUUGGUCAAUAACAAAAGUUUAUCUCAAUACUUUGUUAUUAAAUACCCGUUGUUGACAAUGACAGAGGUCAAACGUUUUCUGUAAGUCUUCACAAGGUUUUCACACACUGUUGCUGGUAUUUUGGCCCAUUCCUCCAUGCAGAUCUCCUCUAGAGCAGCCUUCGUUGCCCGGGCGGUGUGUUUGGGAUCAUUGUUAUGCUGAAAGACCCAGCCACGUUUCAUCUUCAAUGCCCUUGCUGAUGGAAGGAGGUUUUCACUCAAAAUCUCACGAUACAUGGCCCCAUUCAUUCUUUCCUUUACACGGAUCAGUCGUGAGCUCACCUUUGUCCACAUCUCCGAGACUUCCCACUUUAACAUCAUGUCUUCCAGAGGUCAAACCGCAAAGGAGAGCAGCGACCACUGCGACAUCUCAGUCUCGGAGCGUUCGUAAAUAACAUUAAAACAGUAUAUUCAGUUAAACGUUAGCCUUCGAUGAGUUAUUGUUCUCUACUAGUCAGGCAAACAUGAUAUAAAACUAGAACCUUCAAGUGUCACCUACUGUCCCAUAUAAUCUCCUGUUUACAGUUUAACAACUGAAGCUAGGAAACGUGUUAUAAACACGGAUAGGUCCAUUACCAGUUUCAAACCUAAAAACAGCCCCAAAGCAUGAUGUUUCCACCCCCAUGCUUCACAGUAGGUAUGGUGUUCUUUUGAUGCAACUCAGCAUUCUUUGUCCUCCAAACACGACGAGUUGAGUUUUUACCAAAAAGUUAUAUUUUGGUUUCAUCUGACCAUAUGACAUUCUCCCAAUCUUAUUCUGGAUCAUCCAAAUUCUCUCUAGCAAACUUCAGAAGGGACUGGACAUGUACUGGCUUAAGCAGGGGGACAUGUCUGGCACUGCAGGAUUUGGGUCCCUGGCGGCGUAGUGUGUUACUGAUGGUAGGCUUUGUUACUUUGGUCCCAGCUCUCUGCAUGUCCCCCCGUGUGGUUCUGGGAUUUUUGCUCACCGUUCUUGUGAUCAUUUUGACCCCACGGGGUGAGAUCUUGCGUGAAGCCCCAGAUCGAGGGAGAUUAUCAGUGGUCUUGUAUGUCUUCCAUUUCCUAACAAUUGCUCACACAGUUGAUUUCUUCAAACCAAGAUGCUUACCUAUUGCAGAUUCAGUCUUCCCAGCCUGGUGCAGGUCUACAAUUUUGUUUCUGGUGUCCUUUGACAGCUCUUUGGUCUUGGCCAUUGUGGAGUUUGGAGUGUGACUGUUUGAGUUUGUGGACAGGUGUCUUUUAUACUGAUAACAAGAACAAACAGGUGCCAUUAAUACAGGUAACGAGUGGAGGACAGAGGAGCCUCUUAAAGAAGAAGUUACAGGUCUGUGAGAGCCAGAAAUCUUGCUUGUUUGUAGGUGACCAAAUACUUAUUUUCCACCAUAAUUUGCAAAUAAAUUCAUUAAAAAUCCUACAAUGUGAUUUUCUGGAUUUUUUUUCUCAUUUUGUCUGUCAUAGUUGAAGUGUACCUAUGAUGAAAAUUACAGGCCUCGUCUUUUUAAGUGGGAGAACUUGCACAAUUGGUGGCUGACUAAAUACUUUUUUGUCCCACUGUACCUCUACUAACUAGACCAUGACAACAACUUUUACAAGAGGAACCAUACGGAACCAUCUUCAUGAGCUUCCAGUUAAAUAGUCAAUGUCACGAGGAGCGAUGCUACCAUGGUGCUAUGUGUACGCUAUCCACUGGUGCAUUGGAUACAUUUUCCUUUUGUUUCUGAGGUUUGUGGAUUCAGCAUCCUACAUGCAAGAAAUUAAUUUGAACAAAGUCGGUCAUCAUGAUCCCUUUGCAAGCCAAGUUGUAAUCUUUCUCAACUCACAAGCUUCUCACACCGAUAUACUAAGUUAUCACCGACAAUAUUCUGCUCACUUUAUAUUGCAUGGUAUAGAUAUCACAAACACUUUUGAUAAGUUGACUAAUGUUAAGGAAAUGUACGACACUCUCAAUCUUCUAAUGGUCUGACGCGAUAACCAAUUCUGAUAGGAUGCAAAGGCCAAAAUCAUUCCCAACUCUGGUCAGAUGUGUUAAAAGGUUGGAUUAUGGGGUAGAUUACUGCCAAUAUUAAGAGAACGCAGAAGUAAUAUUGCUGGCCUCCUUGUUAGUGUGUGACAAUGGGCAUGCUUUAUAUCAUUUCAUUUUUGGGGUGUUUGAUUAUAUUUAUGUUCAAAAGUGUAUAUAAUAUGAUAAUUUCUUGAAAAAUACAUUUUUAUUUUUUACCUUGCGAAAACAACCUGUAUAUUUUGUCUUUCCUCUUCUGUUGAACAAUGUUGGCCUGUUUUUUGUUUGUUUUUUUACGCAUGAGAAAAAUAGCGUUAACUUUGAGUGAUAGAUACCUACCUUUUUAAUGUUCUGACAAUGACAUGAUUGGUGGAUCAUUGGAACCCAUGUUUUGUGUUUGUAUUGGGCAAAUGAAACCUACAGUUGCAGGGCACUGAGAUAAAGUUAAAUAAUGGUCAUGUGGAAUGACUAUCUCCGGUUUCAUUUCUACACUGUUUGCCAGAUCUAACCAUCGCCCCUAGAAAGGACUACUUAUUGUUUUCAUCCUCUCCUUCUAAUCAGGGACUUU